UAGCGAUGUACGCUGAUUGGUUAAUGUUGGCCGAAAGGGUGCUAGGCUGUCUUCCGUCAUGUCAGCUGAGUGUGUAAACUAGAUGUUAGGGGGCCGCGACAUUACAUCCCACUGAGAUCCAACCUGUCUCGUGACAAUUGCUUUUUACUCACGUUACCGUACUUUAACAAUUUAUUAAAUCUCCGUUGAUCCCCCAUGAAGGCAUUGGAGUUAGUUGAAGGUUUCGUCUCCAAAGGGAUUAGCGUUACCUGCAUGUGAUUUAGUCGGUAAACUUGGUUGCACAGCUGCGUUCUUGUGAAAUGAUGCACGUUAGUGAAUGCAUCGUAUCUGCUCCAGGAAAAGCAAUUCUUCACGGAGAACACGCAGUUGUGCACGGAAAGGUCGCACUUGCUGUGAGUUUGAACCUGAGAACAUACUUGAGGUUGAAAGCCACGAACACUGGGAAAGUGUGCAUUAACCUCCCAAACAUUGACACCUUUCUCUGCUGGCAUGUGUCUGAAGUGGAGCAACUUAUGCCAUGUUCACGUGGCAAGCAGGAGGAUUUAAAGCAUCUAGAUCCUGAACUUGUGAAGAGACUACGUGAAUUUGUGGGUGGAGCAAAUGGAAACUUUGAUACAAGCAACAUGGCUACCUUGGCGUUCCUCUACAUGUACCUCUCCCUGUUUGGAUCAGGCGAGCUGCCAAGCUUGACAGUAUCCGUGUGGUCGGAGCUGCCGACCGGAGCAGGACUGGGUUCGAGUGCAGCCUACUCGGUGUGUUUAGCGGCAGCUUUACUUUGUGCAAGGGGAGCCAUUCCCGCACCUCUCAAAGAGUGGGAACACACUGCCAGAUGGUGUCAGGAGGACCUGGAGUUGAUCAACAGCUGGGCCUUCCAAGGUGAAAUGAUCAUCCAUGGUAAUCCUUCCGGAGUAGACAACGCUGUGGGGACGUGGGGAGGCAUGCUGAGGUUCUUAGCCGGGAGGAUAAUACCACUGAGCAGGGUGCCAUUAUUAAGAAUCCUCCUGACUAACACUAAAGUGCCACGGAGCACCAAGGUACUUGUUGCCAGGGUGAAGGACAAAAUUAACAAGUUUCCCACUAUUUUGACUUCUGUGCUGGACUCGGUAGACGCCAUUUCCUGCACUUGUGAGAGAGUCCUCCUUGAGAUGACCUGCGAGCCCAUCACAGGAGAGCACUACAAUGUUUUAGAGGAGCUCAUUGAUAUCAACCAACAUCAUUUGAAUGUAAUGGGGGUGGGACAUCCUGCCCUGGAUACCCUCUGUCGGGUUACGCUUGCCAAGGGUCUCCACAGCAAGCUAACAGGCGCAGGAGGAGGGGGCUGUGGCAUCACUCUUCUGAGACCAGGCAAGCAUGGGGACCAUCGUUCACUCAAGCGUCUGACUCCAGCCAUCUUGUGACAUCUCCUUCAAGGUUUUGGCUUUCUCCAGCACGUGCCUGGCCAGUUCUGACAUGGCAAGACUCUUCUAGUCGCAGCUGUUCUGCUAGUUUGUCGACGAAGAAGACAUAAUUGGAUAUCGGUUUAGCUUAGUGAUGUAGACCGGGAAAUUCAAGGGCCUGCCGGUUUGAGAUCUCUCAUCCCAUUCUGUCACACGCCUACUUAUUAAUAUCCUCACAGCCUCAUCAAGAUGACUUUAAUUGAUAGCUUCAGCCUCCUCCUGACCAUGGUUUAUUUAAAGGGCCAUGCUGACAAAGAAAAGGAGAGGAAAUAGGAGGCUGACAAGAUUGAAAAUGCAUUGGGGGAAUCAUUGAGUUGAACUGCACACCUCUCAUCCUUCCUGUCAGCUGGUCCUGACUUGUGGUGUUGCAGUCUCAACUUCCAUCCUGUCAAAUGUCGCUUUUUCUACUUGGGACUGUGACAGGCAGUCCAGGUGUCGCACUCAGGCUUCAGUGCGCCAUCAGUCACCUACAGUAUGUUCUGCUUCCCAUAGGCUCACAGUCCAAUUCCCACCUUACAAACCCAGCACAUCUUGCUCCCUUGGGGCUCUCCCCCUGUGAAGUUAAUUCUCUGUCUACUGGGCCAGAACUUUGUCUCCCCAUAUUUGAGAUACCGUAGAACCUCCAAAGUUGAACACAUUCCGUUCUGUUAAGCUUGUUCACUUGGAACAUUUCUGAAAGAGAUCAGUAAUAGAGUACCGGUAUGUCAUAUAAUCCAUACCAGUGUCAAACUUUCACCAUUCUACAACGUUUCAAGUGCACGCAGUGUCUUAAAGGGGUACUCACCCCCAUACCAGACUCAUGCUCUAACUCUCACUAAUAUUUGGCCUGGAGGUCCAUUUCACUUGGGAAGUGGAAGAGGGUUGGGGAUGGUCUGACAAAACAUUACUACCUGAGACUCAACUAUGACCUAAAUAAUUUUUUACUAUGACCAGCUAUGCUAAAUAAACUAACUGAAUGCUCUGCUAAUAGAUCACUCAACUGAAAAUUGACGAGCAUUCUCUGUUACCACCACUUAGAAGACCUCUGUUUUCUCAACCGGAUUUGCUAAAAGGGUUGGUGUGCUAAUCGAUGAAUAUCUCUGGCUGUUGAUCAAAAUUCGCUUCAAAGUAUUACGUGUACAUUCAAACUAUUUGAGUGCAUGGACGGAAAUACUCUCUAAUGGUUUAUCAUGCUGCCGAUAUCAUGUGUGGAGUGGCUGACAAGGCAACAAAAGUACUUUGGCAAUGACAAUGUAGAACACCAAUCCACUGUGACUUGUGCUCUCGGUCUUAGCGGGAAUAUAUGGCUCGAGUAGGUAAUCCCAUCAUGCGCAAUUUAUAGCAUGGCACAGCACUGAAUUGCAAACAGUAAUGCCAGGCUAAUAACCGCAGUCAAUAUACUUUACCGUUCUUCCAAUUCCGAUGGGUCUCUUUUCCACUCCAUGUCUGGCCGUUCAGGCACAACAUCUGCCGCAUGAUGAGCAUCUGGCUCAUUCAUGUAUGGUCAAACAUACAUCUUGACAACAAUCUCCUCUUCUUCCAACUCUUAAAACGGCUGGAUCCCUCAGAUAUGUUUGAGACGUCGCUUUCUGAAUCGAUUUCUAACUGCCCUUGUGCGGUGAGCCUUGCUAUUGUUAUUUUAAAGUGACAUCACACUUCCUGGUUUGUGGUCAGUAUCUCACUUCGCUGUCAAAUUUACAAAAUAGAAAUGAUUUUUUCAUGCUUUAUUUAAUGCAUUUUGUUUAAUUACUUUACUUGCGACAUGAUAAAAUAUUUCUUUUGGGAUUUUCUAAAAUUACUUCACAGUUGACCUUUAACUCAGUGACCCCUGCACGAGAUUGUUUUUCUUCAUGAUUCCAUCAAUAAUGCUUGAGUGCUAGGCUGUCCCAUCCUAUUGCUUGUAUUUAUUUAGAAUACAAAAAGCGCAGCCGGCCUUGCAGCAUGCGAUGACCUCAGUGUGAGCUCAUCAUGCUGCAGAGACAAGAGGCAGUCAUUAGCGCUCACUCUCACUGUGUGUUGACUGUUUCUAAAUCAGCUGGUAGGGUCCUUGUUCUGUGGGGGAAUUUUUUUUUCAAGGAGCCAUUUGCUGAAUUUAAGCCUGUUGAGAAUUGAAAUGACAUUUCUCGGAAAAACUGGCUCUCCAACAAUAUUCAUAAAUAUGCGAUGGAGCGCUGUUAAACAGCUGAGCAAAAGUGGUCGCGAUUGCACUUUAAAGAACAUCAUUGUGACGGAAAUUUGAAAAAAUGAGAACGAGCAUCAAGUCUUUCAUUGGGUAAGAAAAUUUGUGACAAUUUGAAUAAAAGACGGAACAGAUGAGAACUCACCAAUUUAUCAGUUGAAAGUGAAGAUGGAAGACGCUUUGUAUCACUGUUUCAUGGGUCAUGAAUACACAUAGCUGUCACAUAACAAAUAGCAGUGUGAACAAUUAGAAUUUUUCCCUCUUUGUAUUUGUGUUCAGGUAUAGCAAACUUAUUUCGCUUUGUAAUGAAACAUUUUACAGCUGGAAUCAUUUCAAUGCAUAAAUGUGUUCAGUUACUUGUGGUUUGCAAUGAAUGAAAAUACAACAAAUUCAAUACAAAGAGCAAAAAACCCUCUACACAUUUAUGGUACAAUAUUACAUCAACAAGUGGUAAUCUUUUACAGAUGACCCACAGAAGUCAAACACACUUCAGCCCAGGAUGCCUUUGAUUUGUUUGUAUUUUCUAUCCAUUAUCCACAGAUGAAAUAACGAGGAAAGACGUGUCAUCCGUUUGAAAACGUACACCAAUGUAAAACUUACUCCAUGAAUAAGUAACAGUUUAUUUCAUUGUAGGUGGAAAAAUGUGGUUGUGAUGGUUGUACUGUAAUGAAAACAAUCAAAUGAGCUUUCGUUGAUUGUUUUUUUUCGUUCAAUCAUCAUCAUCAGGACAGGGGAUGGCCAUUAUGGUUCAUUGACUGACGCAAAUGAGGCAUCACGGGGAAAACUGUGUGGCUGCUUCUAGCAAGAUGUUGACGAAUUUAAAUAGUUUGUGGCCAGAAGAACAACAUGAUGCAAUCGUCAUAAUGUUACCCUUUAGUUUAUCAUCACUGAUUCACGGAAAAAAAGUCUUUCUGUCUAAUCUCUGUUUUAAACUGUUCCACUUCCAAGAAUUUAUUUCCAGCCAGAUAUGAAUUUUCAUCAUUUUGAUCUUUUCCACUUGGUUGGUGGGGACAAAAAGAACAAGCAGGUUGAGGAUGAACACUGAAGUAUUUAUUCUCAUGCGUAGUCAUGAGCAGACAAGUGCUGAUGAGCGUGGUCAGGGUCACGGCACUUAACUCUCCAAAGGACGACCAGUGCUUGUAAUCACAUAAUAUGGACAAUCUUUCAUUCAAGUGGUGCUGACAUUCAGCCGUUGCAAAUGGAUUUCAUGGGCGGUGUAGCUCAGAUGGUUUUGUUCUCACUAUUCUCGAUUCUCUACAGUCUAUCCAAGCAUAUGUAGGCAGCGGCUGAAAGAACAAAAACGUGAUUAGAUAUCGGCUAGUCAAUGCUGCAGUCGAGACUCGGUGCCUGUGUCCCGCUAUUCCGCCGCCCUUCUCGCACCCGUAAUUAAGAACAUUUUGUGUUACAUUAGCACGAGACCCAUCGUGCCAUUGAACUAGUCGCCCCGAUUAAUAACAGGCAGCUAAUUUCAGCAGAGGAAGGCAGCACUCCAAAUUGGCUCCUAAUUACACAUUAGGAGUGUGAAAGGCUCCUGCCGCUCUGGCCUCCAUCCUCUUCCCCAACCCCCCAGCUGGGGUUCACGUGUUGGCCCACCAGCACAUUAACGCAGCUCCCAAGAGUGGCUAAUUCCAGCCGACCCGAUGGUACAGUCAGUGGCAGAUGUCAGGAAUCGAAGAUGAUGAAUUAUGAAUAUCCCGGAAAUGUGGAUCAGAUUGAGGGGGUGGCUUUUUUAUUUAUUUUUUGUCCCCUUGUGCGGUUUCAGGCAGCCAAGUAAGCAGACAUAUUCAGUCAGUCUGUGCAGGGGUAAGAAUGAUUGAUUUCUGCUCAGUGUUAUAAAUGUCCCCCAACUGAAAAUGGAUGUUUCAGUAUAGUCCUCAAGGACUAUCGUAGUUGGCGGGGGCUCUUUGGCAAUAUAAGAGCUGUGCCUGCAGAAAUGACUUCUUUGUGUGCCUCCCUUGGGUGGUCAACUUUGAGGGCUCAGGCAGCUGGGAUUGAUGUCCUGGAGGAUGCUACAAGACCUCCUCGGUACACAACAUUUACAUAGCUGCAUGAUUGCUGCUGAAAUGGAGGAUCUGA